AUGGCGAUGCAGGCUUACCAGAAGUAUUCAUGGUCACCCUCGCAGAACUUCGAUGAGGACACUUACUCCCCUCCACCCAGGAACAUGAAGGGUCUCUCUGGUGGCCGCCCUGCCCAUCUCCAGAUCACGUCGCCCACCUCGCCGCACACCUGUGGCUUGGCUGAAUGUGACCACUCCCUGGAUCACCAUCAUCACCAUGGUGACCCACGGUCACCCACCUACCUCCUUAGCCCCACUGACAGCUGUGCCCUUGAGAGUCAUCACCGUUGCUCCCCCCGGAGCUCCAUCCACUCUGACUGCAUGAUGAUGCCAGUGUCCCUAUCAACUACUGACCACUCUAUAUCCAGUAGCACUUUCCCUCGUAUGCAUUAUGGCAGCGCUUUGAGAGACGGAGGUGGAAACAGUUCCAGCGGGAGGGAUUCUCGAGACGACGGCGGCUCUUCCUCACACGGUGGAAGUGGGAAAAUGAAUCGAAUCCCAGCAAACCUCUUGGACCAGUUUGAAAAACAGAUGCCGCUGCAUCGGGAUGGUUUCCACACGCUGCAGUACCAACGCACCUCCACCACAACUACAACGACAGAGCACCGCAAUGAAAGCCCCGGCCGAAUUCGCCACUUAGUUCACUCAGUACAGAAACUCUUCACAAAGUCGCACUCCCUGGAAGGAUCUUCCAAGAUGAACGGUACCAAAGGUGACUCCCACAGGGACGGCUCGCAUCACCACCAUCACCACAACCAAGGCCACCACAAACACAGCAAACGCAGCAAGAGCAAAGACCGCAAAUCUGAUGGUGGGGGAAAGCAGCGCCAUGGCGGAUGGUGGAGCUCGGACGACAAUCUCGAUAGCGACAGCACGUACAGGACGCCGAGCAUCAUGUCGCGGCAUCCUGUCGACCACAUCAGCCACUGUUACCCAGACUCAAUGCACAGCCACCUGGCGGGGGACCUAUCGCUAAAGACCUCCAAGAGCAACAACGACGUCAAGUGCUCAGCCUGCGAAAGCAUCAGCAUGGCGCCUGAGGGCAAGUUCAUGAAAAGGAGCUCCUGGUCAACAUUAACUGUCAGCCAAGCCAAGGAAGCCUACAGGAAGUCUUCACUCAACCUGGAGAAGCCCAUGACCCCCACUGACCUCAAACCCAGCUUGAGACCAUGUCACUAUCUACAGGUACCCCAGGAUGAGUGGGCCAGUUAUCCUGGCGGUGGGAAGGAUGAUGAGAUCCCUUGUCGUCGAAUGCGGAGUAGCAGCUAUGUUAAAGCCAUGGGGGAUGAGGAGAGCGGAGAGUCGGACUCCAGCCCAAAGACAUCACCUCAGAAGUCGGCACGGCCAGAUGCCCUGAUCAAGGCCAUCAUCAGACCCAAGGACUUGCUGGACUCUCAGAGUCAGAACUACCACCUUCAGGCCACCAGGGAAAUACACCCCAGCCUUGCCCUGGAUCCCUCUACCAACUACAACUCCCCCAAGUUUCGCUCCCGGAACCAGAGCUAUAUGCGGGCUGUCAGCACGCUUAGUCAGGCUAGCUGUGUCAGCCAAGUGAGUCAGGUUAGUGAAACUGAAGUAAAUGGCCAGUUCGAAUCUGUGUGCGAGUCCGUGUUCAGUGAGGUAGAAUCUCAAGCCAUGGAGGCAUUGGACCUCCCUGGCUGUUUCAGAACCAGGAGCCACAGUUACCUACGAGCCAUCCAGGCUGGAUACUCCCAAGAUGAUGACUGCAUCCCUCCCAUGGCGUCCACUGUUACCUCCACCAUCAGGUCAACCACAGCCAUCACCUACACACCAAGCUACAAGAAGACCCCUCCUCCUGUACCGCCUCGCACCACCUCUAAACCACUCAUCUCCAUCACAGCCCAGAGCAGCACUGAGUCCACCCAGGAUGCCUACCACGAGGGACAGCACCCUCAUGGCGGCCUGUGGGGCCCCGAUGGCCUCACCCUUGGGCUGACACCAGGCAGGGCUCUCUAUAACUCCACCGACAGCCUGGACAGCACCAAGGCCGUAACUAUAGCCAUGGAGGCAGCAGGAAUCAUGGCAGGGAAAAGGCAUCCAUCCACAGAUUCUCAUAGUUCGGUGCUCACCUGCGACAAGGCAAUCCUGGUGUCCAAGGCUGAGGAGUACUUGAAAACACCUCGAUCUUCUAUAGGGAUACAGGUCAGUCAGUUUCCUGACCAACAGCCACCAAGAAGCCCAGUGGAGGCAGCCACCGACUCCGAGUCUGAAAGCAAAGGCUCACGGGAGUACCACUCUGUUGGGAUCCAAGUGGAGGAUAACAAAAAAGGACAGGGGAGGUUUAAACGCUCCAAUAGUGUGACGGCAGCUGUCCAGGCUGACUUGGAGUUGGAGGGCUUUCCCACCAUGGAGGACAAGGGUCUGCAGUUUGGCGGGGGUUUUCAGCGCCACUCAGAGCCCAGCACACCCACCCAAUACGGAGCGGUGCGCACCGUUCGCACACAGGGCCUCUUUAGCUACCGCGAGGAUUACCGCACUCCCGCUGAGCCCCCGAGUCCACGCGAGACGACCAGCGAGACAAGCUGGCAGCUAGAACCUCCCUCCCCACGGGAGAGUGCAGCCUCGUCAGGGGAGUCAGGAAGGGUGUCUCCGUCCUUGCGUAGGGAUGGAAGCUGGUUCAUGCAGUUGCUCCACACAGAGACCAAAAGGAUGGAGGCCUGGUGUAAAGAGAUGGAGGCAGAAGCUGAGGAGAAUGACCUCUCAGAGGAAACUUUAGGUAAAAUCCGAAGUGCUGUUGGAAGUGCUCAGCUUCUCAUGUCUCAGAAAUUCCAACAAUUUUACUGGCUGUGUCAGCAAAACCUGGACCCUAGUGCCAUGCCGCGACCCACUUCUCAGGACCUGGCGGGGUUCUGGGACCUGCUGCAGCUCUCCAUUGAUGACGUCAACAUGAAGUUUGACCAGCUGCAGCAGAUCAAGAACAACAACUGGAGGCCAAUUGACAGCCCAGAAAAGAAGCCACCAGCUCCUAUACCAAAGAAGACAGUAAGACAGAAAAGUGCAGUGACGAGGGAGAAAUCCCUGGACCUCCCUGACAGGCACCGGCAGGAGGCACGUCGGCGGCUAAUGGCAGUCAAGCGCGCAGCCUCCUUCCGGCAGAACUCAGCCUCGGAGCGAGCGGACAGCAUUGAGAUCUAUAUCCCAGAGGCUCAGACUAGACUUUGAAAAAAUGUUGGAUCAGGGAUCUAUAUCUUUCCCUGCUCCUGUGCUCCAGCAACUUUAAAACUAGCCUUUUUUUUCUAGACUGCUUGUCUCUCCACUCCUCCUUUAUCCAUCUCUGGUCCGAUAGCCAUCCUCAGUGCCCAUCGCCAACUUCACUGGACUGUAGGAUGUGCCAUGGCUCUACUUCCAUUGCCAAAAAUGUACAUCUGACAUGGGUUGGUUGGAUAUUUGUCUUUGUUUGUUCAAGAUCUACAAGCUCCCUCAUGUCCUGGAUGGGCACAUCUGUAGUUUUUCAGCAUUUGCAAGUGCCAUUUUAAGAAGAAGAAAAGUGCAGCUUUGAAAACCUUACCAGCAACCAGACAUUUGAGCUAACCAUCAAUGCAUUUAUUUGAAGAUUAAUGGAUUUGGUCAAAGUUUGUAAUCCUUCACUAUUUUUUUUGUCUCUUCAGAUUACCUUUGUUUCUGCACUUGUUAAAAGAGUAAAUCAGAGCUAAAUAUCACCAACUUGUUUUGUUUUAAAAAGUGCCAAUGCUUGAAAUACCUCUACUAUGUGCACAUGGCACAGGUUACCUAUUCAAGGUGCUUCAGGCCAUCCUUACUAAGCUUUUGAUUGGUUACACAUUAAAAAUGUAGCCUUCUAUCAUAUCUAGUUAUGAUCAAAUAUUUAGGAGUGCAUCUCAAUAAAUCUAAGUAUUAUUGAAAAGUUUAUUUAUUUCAGUAAUUGAGUUCAAAAAGUAAAACUUAAUCACACACAAAUGUAUAUAUUUCAAGUCUUUAUAUACAUUAGUUUUGAUGAUUAUGGCUUACAGCUAAUGAGCAAAUUUUGAAGAUUAUGUAAGACAAACAAAAAGGGUGUUUUUUCAUAUAGAAAUAUUUAACUGCACAUUUUUCUACCACACUUUUUCCUUCCACUCAACCUUCCACUCACAUGCUUGGAUAUAGCACUCUCUGGAUACCAAGCUUCUUUAACAAUGACUUUUGUGGCUUACACUCCUUGUGAAGGGUGUAUUGAAUCUAUAUAACAUAUGUUUUUCCCUUUUUGAAGUGAAUGACUGAAAAAAAAUACUUUUUGAUGAAAUUCUAAUUUACUGAGAUGCACCUUAGUUAAGUGAACUGGCGUAAGAAUGACAUCUGCCCACUUCUGCACCUUUCACACCUAUAUUCUCAAUAUCCAAUGAUCAUGUUGCCAACUUUCAGUAAGUUACAUGAAGCUGUAAACGUGCAAGUCUUGUGCCCACAUUUUCAUCUCGUCAAUGCAGUAGAAAAGAAACAAAAAACUAUGAAGGUUUGUGUAACUCCUUAGAUUAAAAUGUGUAGACAAAUGCACUUAUGCACUUAAUAUAAUUCUUACUAUUUCCAAGGGAAAUGUGCAUACCCAAGUUCACAAUAGUACUGUUGUAUUUUUUAAUUGUGAGUGGGAAAGCUAUGCUGUUUUUUUUUUCCUCUUCUUCCUCUUUGUUUUUGAAAAAUCUGGGUGAUCAUGCAAGUAGAAUUGCUCUGCUGAGUUUACAUCAUUUUCCAAGCCCUUUGAAGAUGCGCCCUCACUCCACAGCUAAUGAGAAAUGAUAAAAGUAACCAUCAAAACAUAAACAAAAUGUCAAUAUUUCUUUAAGCUAUGAACUGUCUUAAUUUUCAAAUUUCCUGAAAAUCUCCCAGUCUGUAACAGUGUCCCCAAGCAUUAUCAUAAUGAAGUCCCUCUAACGAAAAGAUCAGAGUUAACAAACUGAAACUGGGGCAAAGAAAUUUCAGGGGAAUGCAAACAUAAAGUCUCAAAUAACUGAAACCUUUUAAGUAUCUUGCUAAAAAGUAACAUAAAAUGGAAUAUUAAUUGUCGGUGUGGAUGAUAACGUGCGAUCUAUCUUGAAAUCAUGCACAACGAUGUGACAAAUCAGAGCUCUUUCUCGUCCAGGAGUCACUCCAAAUCAAUACUGGUCUGAGAGAAUGUGCUCUCCUGUCCUACAACUCUUGCUCAAAGGGGGUUUUCUCUUGCAAGAUAACUCCAUUUUGUUUGUUUGUUUUAUGGUGAUGUGUCCUGUUAGCGGCAAACAGUAUGGUGGAAUUGGCUCCAUUGCUGUGUCAGAACAGAUUUGCUUUGUGAGUAGAUUAAAGUAACAAAUACGUCUAUUUUCUGAACGACUGAUGAUCCAAGAUAAAUAAUAAGACGAUACUUCUGGUGGGCAAACACCUUUUAGUGAUAUUAAUAGUUUUAUUUUUUUAUUUAUUUAAACAUUUGUAAAACAUUAAGACUGUUCAGACAUGAUGCCAACACAUUUCCCUGCUGAUCUUAAUACAUUCAGAGCCACUCUUGCAAGAUUUUGGCGAUAUUCAGGGUUGGUCUUAGACAGUGGUGUCCAGUGUUUUUCUAUGUGGACAAUGUCCGGGGGAUCUCUAAGAAUCGCAUAUAAUUUAAAAUUGAUCAAUGACUGUAUAUUUUGUCAAUAAUUAUCAUCACAGAUUAAAACUGUAAGCAUAGUUGGAUAAGGUACCAAUACAAUUAGAUUAAUGAUUGAGAUUGUUUAUUCAUCUUCUACUUAUUCCAGUAAAGUGGAACCUAUAAUAGGCAAAUUUGGACAUUUUCAACGUAUUUUGUUCCACCCUAAACUGUAAACUAAGAAAAAGCAGUGUCAACAUGAGGAACGGAUACUAGUGUGAAACAAGGCAACAGAAAUAAGUUGAAACCUAAUACAAAUAUUAUUUUGAGAUAUCUAGAUCAGGAUUUUUGUCCCACUGAAAAAGGAAACUGAGUCUUUUUUUUAGGAACUCCUGAAAUUAAUUAAAAAGCCUUGAUUGGGACUCUCAGCUAAUACUUUGGUUUGGAUUGGGACAUUGCUUAGUAUAUUUUUAAGCUAGAAUAUUAACUGAUCUGGAUUUUUUAAACUUCCCUUGUUAAAAUAAAUGCUUUUAACAGAAAAAAAUAAUAAUAAUAAUAGUUCUAGGGGAUUAACAAGUAAGAUGCUCCUAAGACCAAAUUUAGGUUUUGACUUCUGUUGAACUUUAUUGUUCUAACUAUGGUCAUAUCAUAACACAAUUGAUUAGUCAAGUCAAGCAAAUUGUAGCUUUCCAACAGUAUGUUGCAUGUGCAUCUACUUGAGGUAUACACAGAACUUGAGUGAAAUGAAAUUUAAGUGGCUUUGGCAGAUCUAAAGUGUUUUGUGUCUUAAUAGUGAUGCGGUUCUUGUUACGGGCUGAGUCAAGCUGACCUCCAACUGCGUGACGUGACCUUCUCCCAGAGCAUAUAAUAGCUGAUCACAAGAACACACAUUUUAAUUUCAGCUGUUUUCAUGCCUACAUAGAGCUGUGCACUUUUAAUUGGAUCAUGUUAGCAUCAGGUCUGAGCCACCCCUUACUGUGUAUUGGCUCUGCUUCAUUUUAUUAUAGUGUGUUUAAUGGCAGUUGAAUGGCAUUUUAGUAUAACUAAAAUAAGUUUCAGUGACAAAGUUGCCAUUAGAUAUUUGGAUGACGUCUACCAUAUAAUGUGUAACAUUUACCCCGGUAACAGAACCAACAGAGAAAAUGUUAGCAUGGUAGAAUUUAGUUGAACAUAUGAAAGGUGAUGUGAAAUAUCUGAUUGGACAUAUGCGCACAUAUUAUCUGUACACAUUUAAAUGUGCCAUCUGAAACAGAGUUAAGAACAGGGGAUGUUACCUAAUAUUUAAUGUGCAAUAUAUGAGUAUAAAACCUGCAACUUUAACUUAUUGAGGGUAUAAGUUUUUUUUUUAUUAUUUGGGUGCAAACUGAUCACAUUUUUGACUGACAUGUUCAGCAUUUUAAGAACAUUUGUGAAAACAGAGGUACCAAGAUGGAUCUUUUGGUUACCAUUUAAUCUAAUUCAUCCUCAAUUCUGUCAGCUCUUCUAGUGCCUGUGUCUAUGGUUUCUUGUACUAGGAUCACAAUAUCAGAAAUAUUAUAGAAUUUGCUUGAGGUCAAGAAUAAAUAUGAAUAUCAUUGAUGCUGCUUAUUCUUUUUUUUUUAAAUGGGUUAAAAAAAACUUUUACUUGGUAAAAACAACUGUAUUACGGAUUCAAAUUUUGGUCUCUUUCUUUGAAUCGGUUAGUAACAUUUAUCUAUUAAAUAUUAGAUGUAAUGAUUAUCCUGUUUUUUAUUCUGUUUGAAUUUUAAAACAUUCACUGUAAACAUGCUGGUCUGCCAAAACGUUCUUUUGUAGCACAAUGCCUAUCCCUGUCCUACAGUUUUUUGUGAAAGCUUCCCUUCUUUUGUGUGAACAGAAUAAUGGCAUAUUUAGAAAAAGAGAAACCCUUGUCCUGUCUAUUGGUCCUGUGGCUACAGGCUAAUUUACAGGCCCAGUCCCUGGUUGGGCUUUUAACACAAAAUAAACUUAUUUAAAAACAAAAAUAACAGAUAAACAAAUUUACAUUCCAGGGUAGGUUUUGUAAACUAUUGUGCUUAAGUUUUCACAUGUUUUCCAUUGUUUUAAGUAAUUGUUUCACCUGGGCAGAUCAAAACUCUAAAAUCUAUCUUGUUUUAAUUACAGGUAGACCAUUAACAUAAAUGACAGCGUACAUCAGGCACUGAACAUCUUUACAACUGUCAGAUAGAGUAAUGUUAAAGCAGAAGAUCAGUGGUCCUAAAAUUGAACCUAGUGGUACACCCGUUUUGUUGUUUUUAUUUACAGUUCCAAGGGGAAAACCAACGCUCACCAAAAAGAACACAAAAGGUCCAUCAAACAUUUGUUAGUCUUUUUUAGUAACUGAACAUUUGUAAGUCAGUCAAUUAAUUAAAAAAUCUGCAAAGACGUAUCAGACAAGAUUCCUCCACAGUGAUGUAAAAGUCUUAUCACCAGUUAUCCCAAAUGCUUGUUGCCAGUUUAGGGGAUAACUACUCUUUCACAUAGAGCUAGGUUGGCCUUAAUAGCUUUCUUUCUCUUAUUAAAUGAAAUCAUCAUUUGAAAGCAGCAUGUUGUAUUUUUUUAUUUAUUAUUUUUAUUAAACCUUUAUUAAGCUAGAUAAAAACUCCACCGAGAUUAAGACCUCUUUCACAACUAUGAUCUGGCUUAAAAAGGCAGCAGCACAUGUCAUAGUGGACAAGACAGACAACAAUAACAAGAGAAUCAUUAAAAAUAUGUUAACUGUGAGCAAUUGGUCAAAUAGACUGCAGACAAUACAAUACUGGAUUUCCAAAUUUUGUCUAUGUGUUUGAUGCCAGGCUGUUGGCACAGCCAACUCAUUCCCUGAUGUUGCCAGAGUGGCAGGCAGUAAGAGGUAGAGAGACAGACUCGGCUUGACAUAUUCUGGCUUAAUAGAGAAGAGAGCUCUUGCUCUGAGCCCCGAACUGCUGGUGCUGUACGCUGUGUGUAGCUGCAAGGCUGUUCAGUGAGAAUGGCAAGGCGCUGCACUGGGUAAUUUCAAGCCUGACUUUGACUAAGCAAAGCAGCUUAUGUAAGAUUUUGGGUCCUCGGUGAGAUCAAGCAAAUACCCUCCAAGGCCCUUCAGAGCUUGUGUUGAUAAAUGUGUUGCUGAAUGGUGGCCCACGCUGUAAAACUUUAAGCAUCAGCACUACAUUCAUUGGCCUUUGUCAGUUUCUCCCAGGCUCACUUUGUUGAAGGCUGUCACUGAAGUAGCUGUGAACUAUCUUCAUUAUGCAAAAUGAGCAGAACUGAGAAGAAGUGUUGCAUAUCCAUGACCUGGGUUCAGUUCAAAGUAUGGCUUCCUGCUCCUCCAAGUAGCACUAACUGCAAUGGGACCAUUUAUCUCGGCUUUCCACGAAUGAACAGCUCUAAGUAGCAAAACAAGAUCAGUGCCAGAACUCACAAGGGCGUUAAAAGGGUUAAACAGAUGUGAGCAACAGAAGUAGGUCUGCAGAAAUUACCAUUAUCCUUAUGAUAAAAAAUUAGGGAACCCUACUAAAUAUUCAGUUCUUCAUUUAGAAAUGUUUAAAUAUCAACAUUUAAUUUAGUUUUUAUUUACCUCCUGAAGUGAAAGUGAGUUAUUGUCAAGUAAACUAAAAUAGCUUCAGUGAGAUGCUUCUUGUAUCCAUCUACCAGUUUAUGAUAUUGGUCUGAGGAAUGUUUGCCACACACCAUACUUUCAGCUAUGAGAUGUUUGAGGGGUUUUAUGAACAGCCUGUUUCAGGUCACCCCACAGCAUCUCAAAGAGAUCACGAUCUGGGCUUUGACUUGACUAUUCCAGAACUUUCCAUUUCUUAGUUUUUAGCCAGUCCUUGGUGGAUUUACUGUAUGUUUUGGGCCACUGUCAUGUUUCAGGGUUUUGUUCAGUUCGGCUUCAGCUGUAAUUUUUUAAACACCCUCUGAUACAUAAGUCGUGGUCUUUGUCUAUGUUCUCCCUAGCAAACUUUAUUCUGGUUUUCUUAGAAAGCAAUGGUUUCCUCUUUGCACACCUCCCGUGAAGGUUAAAGUUGCACAGUCUCUUUGUGAUUGUACAGGCAUGCACUUUCAUAUCGACAGUAGAAAUACCCUACUGUAGGUUCAAUGAUGACAAUUUAGGGGUUUUUAGAGAAUUCUUUUAGCACCUUGUGGUCUGCUGUCAGGAUGAAUUUGCUUACAUGGGCAUGGUGGCAGUUGUUUAGAAAGUUCUCCACUUACAUAGACUAUUUUCUGUACAGUGGAAUGGCUGGUUUCAUAUUAUUUUGAGAACUCUUAAAAUCCCUUAGCAAACUCAUUAGCUAAAACAAUUUUCUUUCUGUAGUCCUUAGACAACUUCAACAGUCAGAAGCGCACCAAACUCAAUGUCUUAGAUUUAAGCAGGGCAAACCCCCGUCAAAAUGCUGAUUAAUAAUUUUAGAAUCAUGGGGACCAAUAUGAUAAUUUUCCCCAUUUAAAAUGGAAAUAAAUAAAGAGUCCCAAUUUUUUAUUCACAAGAAAUGUUUUAAGUGAUACUUUACAGCACAUUUAAAAGUUAUUUUCUCCAGUUUUAAUCAGUUAUUUCUAUAACUUUAAAUACACUGCAUUGUUGAAAUUGGUAUUAAAUAUCCAUAUGCCCGAAGAUAUUAGAAAAAGAUACAGGCUUUCAGGUGGUGCCCUAAUUUUUCCACCUGACCAUAUAUACCUUUAAAACUUCUCUGUCAAAGUCUUUUUCCAACACAUGCAUAGAAACAGCUGCAGCGGAAGGGUCAAGUUUGUCUCCAAGAGUGAAUAAUGCUCCUUCCAUAAAAAGUGUUUUUUCUUCACCUUUUCAUUAAUAGCAGUCUAUUUCAUGAGGAACUACAAGGCCACCUCCUACAAACAGACACUAUUCCCUUGAAACUCCUUUUAAAGGGUUUUCUAUGCUGGACCUGCUUGGGUGACGCAGAUUUGGGCAUCAUAAUGUGUGCCCUUGCUUAAGAAUGCACCUGCAGUUUUUGUUUAAUUUGUUUUAUUAUUUUAUUCUGAUAUGCUCACAACAUUACAAAAAUGACAAGGACACAAAAUGUGUCAUGUUGACAUGUUCAGCAUACAGUAAAAUCAUUUCUCGCAUCACUUUCAAUGGGUUUUAUGCGAUGAAGCAAUGAGGGAACAACUCUCUCGUUUAAUAUUUUACAUUUAUGCUUGUAUUUUAGCAUUCUGUGGCCUCACAUCUAAGGUGACUGUCAAUGUUUUAACUCUAGAACCUACCGUAUGAAAUUCUUCAAGGGGACUUUUUUGUAACAGCGCUGCUGAAAGAGCAUCACUGAGACUCAUAAAACACUUCCUUUAACUUGGAAUGUGAGAUGACUCUAUGAUUACUAGAUAAAGUAAAAAAGGUAGUUGUUUAGCUAAAACUAUUUUCAUCUCUUGUAUAUCUUAUCUAUAGUAAGAAUGAAUAUAAUACCAAAUAUUCAUUA